AUGGAAUCAGAUUUUGUAUCCGAGCGCAGGCGGACUCGCAAGCGCGGGGGAGGAGGCGUUUCUGAUAACGACGACGGCUCAUCUUCUGGUACAAAUUCUAAUAACAAUCAUAACAACAAUGGUGUCGAUGACGGCGAUAAGUACUCAUACGAGAUUUCUCGCAGUCAAAGUAACAGCAGCAGCAGCAAUGGAAGUAGCGGGUCAGCCUCACGGAGCCGGCAUGCGCGGGGAAACAAUGAUGAUUCUAAGCGCCGCGGUGACAAGCAGCAACACGACCGCAAUGGAAAUCGCCGAGUACCGGAAGACGAAGAAGAAGAAGAAGAGGAAGAGGAGGAGAUUGAAGAAGAAGAAGAUGAAGAAGACGACGAUGGUGCACAGGCCUCCUCCGAAAUUACGCGAUGUAUCUGUGGCCACCAAGAGCUUCAACUUAGCAAUGUGCAACAGCGCGAGCAUGAGCGUGUGGAUGAGUCGCUAUUCAUCCAAUGUGACGAAUGCCAGGUUUGGCAACACGGGUUUUGCGUGGGUAUUCUAACCAACGCGUCGGCUCCUGAAGUAUACUACUGCGAGCGAUGUCGUCCUGACUACCACGUUAUAGUAGUCCGGCCCAAUGGCAAGACCUCACGGUACUCUCCUCAAGAAGAUGACGACGAAGAAGAGCAAGAGGCAGAGGAAGAAAGUGGGAAAAGCAAAAAGGAAAAUGCUGGGAAAUCUGGCGGUAGUGGUUCCAAGGACCAUCACAAACACGACUCGGAGCGGGGAUCUCACCACGCAGAUAAUGGUGAUGGUGGUAGCAAAAAUAACAUUGACGGUGUCGAUGACCAAGGAAAUGGUGACGGAGAAGUUCGGCCACGGAAUGCCACGAGUCGAAGCAGCAGCCGAGAAACGGCCGACGGAGACGGAAAGAGCGGCGGUGGCGGCUCCUCAGACAAGAAGCGCAAAAAAGUACCCAAGAAGGAAACCGAGGUGGGGGGUGCCACAACUUCUGGUGGUGGUGGUGGUGAUGGUGCUACUACUACAUCUUCGGGUCAACCACAACACCAGCAACAGUUCCAGCAACAACAAAAUGGUGCAACUUCCGGUACACGUGUUGGAAGUCCACCGGUUGGUCAACAGGGGUCAGCUGGAGCUUCGGGAAGCCUUUCCCGAAAACAUUCGGCGCGCAGCUCCCCGCAGUCACCCUCGGGCACUGCAGCCGGGUCAUCACGAUCUACUAGAACACGACCCACGCUUAACUCACAAGCGUAUGAAGAAAACCUGCGGCGGGCUCUCGAGGAGUCUGUUCAUGAUGCACAACCCAAAACUGGUGAUGGCGAGGGAGGAGGAGGAGGAGGAGGAGGAGGAGGCGGCGGCGGCGGUGGUGGUGGUGGUAGUGGUGGUGGUAGUGGAGCAUUAGGGGCCACCUCAAACUCGGAAGCCGCGGGCUCGGCAUCAACAGAAGGAGGAGCGUCAUUGUCAAGCACAACAGUCACAGCCACAGUUGCAAGAGUAAGGACAGCAAAUGAAUCAUCAUUAUCUACAGUUGACACUGAAGGAGACGUGGUCAUGACAAGUUCUGAGGGUCCGGACGGUGUUACGGAGACUGAUGGGCCAAUCACUUCGAGCACUCGUUCAUCGCGGUCACAAGGAUCCAAGGGCUCUAAAAUUGGUGGUAACAAUGCCGGCAAUACAGUAGCAUUGACAAACUCUACGGAUGACACAGCUGCCACUGGUGAUGAAGAAGGUGCGGCGUCUUCGACAAGAGGCUCGACACGAAGGGCUCCAGCACGGUCAGCUAAUAAAGGUGACUCUGACGGUGGAGCAGCGGGAAUGUCACGCAAACGUACACACGAAUCUGCAGGAUUUGGGUCUGAGGAAGAUCUACAAGAUACCACACCUGCUGGUGGAUCCACAACAGCUACCACUUCGACUGCUACAAAUACCACAGCCUCGACCAGUACCACUGCUACGACAUCGUCUUCCCGCAGUUCCAAGUCUAAAAAAGCUAGUGCGGCCAACGAUUCCGGAACAGGUGCAGCCUCAUCUGCUUCUUCAGCCAACAAGCGCAAGCGCACGCGGCCUCGGGCUGCAGCUGGCGGGUCCGGUCGCAGCGGAAGUCCUGCAGUAGGGGCUAGCAAUGUGCAGAACAGUCAUGGUAACGCUGGCGGAAGCGGUGCCAGUGGUCGGGAGAUUGUUGAUCGACCGGCUAAGGCUCGUAUUCCUCAACCGCGGACCUCUAUUCCAGAAAUGCAAAAAAGAGUUUCUGCGUUGCUUGAGUUUAUUUUACGCUCGCGUAACGACUUGGAUAAAGAACAAAAUAACCGGCAGUGGCUCAUGGAGUACCGCGACACACGAUUUCGCAGGAUUUACAAUAUGGAUGCUGCAGGUACUAGCAGUGGUAGCAGUGGUAGCAGUGGUAGCAGUGGCGCUGAGACCAAGAGUGAACAAAGUGCAAGAACAACACCUUCAGGAAAUCAUCAAGACCAAAGCUUGAAUACUGGCAAAGAAGUUGUGGCAGAAGUUAUUACUGUUGCCGAUGGUAUUGUGGCAGUUACAUCUAGUCUUGUAGAAGAUUCGGGAUCUUCACGGGCGACUCCGGAACUUGCCUUGGGUUCUGUGAGCACUCUUGGGGUUGUUCCUGAAGGUGUUUCUGCUAAUUCUACAGCUAUUCCUCCGGCUGCUACCUCAGCAUCUGGGUCCCGGUCUCGAACAAAGCGUGCAACACAGAAACAAAAGCAACUUGCGCAGGUGCAAAAGAAGCAAGAAGAAGAACAAGCAGCUGUUGCAGCACAACAAGCAGCAGCACGACAAGCAGCAGAACAAACAAAAACUGGCAUGGCCAUGGUCAUGGAGGAUUUGGAAAAGCACUUGACGGACCCAAAGCUAAGUGAGGCAUUGUUUGCAUGUUACCAGCCUACUGUAGAUCUGAUGGAGUCUCUGGUCAAAAAAUUGUUAGAGUGGCAAGAUCGGUUCAACUAUUCAAUGAACCAAUAA